AUGACUCCAAAGUUAGUGUGGAAAAAGAAAGAGACAGGACCAGGGAAGGGCAAAGUUGACCUACUUUAUGAUUUACCUUUUGGGGGAUCAACAAGAGUGGAACGCUUCUUAAGACGAGGAGGCUCAGAGGAGACUUUGUGCAACCUUCUCCUGUCAUCUUGCAUCCAGUUUGAUCUGACACCAUCUGCCUUUGCCAGGCCACCCAAGUUCAAUCCCAAUGAGAUCAGCCUUGUACAUGAGGUGACCAGUAGGGAAGUUGGAUUCAUGCCCACCCUAGCCCACAAGAUCAACUUCCAGGAUCUGCCUCCAAAAAAGGUUGGUGCUAACACUGCCAAGGUAAAUAGUGACGAGAAACAUUUAAAGAUCAAGGUGAAAUUGAACAUUCAGAACACACAAGCCCAGAUGGAGGUGGUACCUUCUACCUCUACCCUGAUCAUCAGCGUUCUCAAGCAACAACACAGAGAUAGAAAGCAGAAAAAUAUUAAAUACAGUGGAAACAUCAUUUUUGAUGUCAUUGUCAAUAUUAUCUGAGAGACACAGCAUAGAUAUUUAUCCAGAAAACGCUCUAGAAUUAUUAAAGAGAUUAUUGGAACUGCCCAAUCUGUGGGCUGCAGUGUUGACGGCCACCACCCUCAUGACAUCACAGGUGACAUCAACCAUGAUAUGGUGGAAUACUCAGGAGGUGGACAAUAUAUUCCCACUAGUCAGCCAUACCUACCACCUACUGCCCUACUCAGCAGACAAGCACUGCCACCCAUUCCGGUACCACAGGAGCAACAAGAAGGUGGACAACACCAGAUCAUCCCACCUGCAGCUCAUGUUCACAUUCAGCAAACAGAGAUCCACAUCUACAUUCUUAUCAGUUACUCCACAUACCUAGAUAAAGCAGACAAGUGA